AUGAGUUCAUUAAAAUUCUUAUUAUCCUUGUUCUUUCUUGUCAUUUUUCCUGUUUCUGUUACAUGUAAACCGCGUUGUCGCUAUCCUCUGUCAUGUGGUCACGGGGAGCCACAAAUCCAAUUCCCUUUCAGAGUAGAUGGCCACCAGAGUAAGGUAUGUGGUGUCUCGCGCUUUGAUCUUUCUUGCAAUAGUUCAAAUAAAACAGUGCUGCAGCUGCCAUAUUCUGAACAGUUUCAUGUUCGACACAUCAAUUACAAUUCACGGGAAAUACAAAUCUAUGACCCCGAUAACUGUCUCCCAAGGCGUCUUCUAAAUCUAUGGCGUCCGUCGUCUGUACCGUACGUGCUUGCUGGUUUGAAACAGGAUUAUACAUUCCUUAAUUGCUCAUCGCCGUUUGUUGAUGUCACCAACAUAUCUUCAUCAUACGCACCCAUUAGUUGCAUGAGUAGCUCCAGCCACACCAUAUUGGCAACAAAUGUGUCUAAUCUUGCUGUUCUGCUCAACUCAAGCUGCAAGUUAAUUGCCACCGUUCCGGCUCCUGUGGUAAGGACGAUGGAUGGCUUCUCCUACAAAAUUAGUGAUACUCUUCUUCUAACAUGGUGGCUGCUCCCUGGUGGGGAACAAUAUACUACACGAACAACAAUCAUCUUUGCCUUGCUGAUCAUUAUCUGUAUUGGAAUACCAGUGUUACUAUUCUUUGCAUGUUUUAUCUGUCAGUGGAUCAUCAAUACUCUCCGUGGUGACCAGCGUAGUUUAUUUGCCUCUGAUGGAAUUCGACGGCAGUCAACGGACACUUUCCAACAAGCCAUCGUUAUCAGAACCGGCCUAGAUGAUUCAACUACCCAAACCUACCGAAGAAUACUUCUUGAUGAGAAACUAGAACUGCCAAAUCCAAAUGAUACUACUUGUUCAAUAUGUCUGUCAGAGUAUCGACCUACAGAGACAUUGAAGAUCGUACCACCAUGUAACCACUAUUUCCAUGCUAAGUGCAUUAAUCCUUGGCUUCGUACCCACACCACUUGUCCAGUUUGUCGAAAGUUUCUGCAGCACUCUAUUCUCCUUCCAGCUGCUGAUGCCUCUUAGAUUUAGCUUUCAUUUCCUUUUGCUUUCCCUCACUAUUAUUCAACCAUUGAACUCGAACUAUGAUUUUACUGCUAUAUUGCUGAUAUUAUUCAAAAGUUCUUACAAUUGU